UCCGGAUCGCAGCAACUAUAAAUUUUUUAAAUUUGGCAAUUCAAAUAUUUGGCAAAAAUGCAAAUCUUCGUUAAGACCCUCAUGGGCAAAACUGUGACCCUUGAGGUCGAAUCAAGAGAUACAAUUGAAAAUGUCAAGACAAAAAUCCAGGACAAAGUAGCGACCCGCCCAGACCAACAGCGAUUGAUCUUUGCCGGUAAACAAUUGGAAGAGGGAAGGACACUUUCUGAUUACGAAAUUAAAAAAGAGUCGACCCUUGAUGUUAUUCUUCUUCUUGGUGGAGGCGGAAAGAUUGUCUACAUCACAAACUAUGUAGAUCGCCGGGGACGAUCAUCCUCUGCCUCAUCCUCCUCUCCUGAACGGCGAAGAAGUUCCGACAAAGGAAAGUCCUCUAAAAAAUCUUCUCGUCGUUCCCCGUCUCAAUCAUCCCGUCGUCGGAGCUCCUCCCGCGAGAAGAAGUCACACCGAUCGGACCGCAACCGCUCAAAGGAUCGUUCCUCUGGUCGAGCAUCCUCUAAAUCUCCUCCCAGUCGAAAUCGGUCACGUUCUCCAACUUCGCGUUCUUCCCGCCGGGUUCGAUCUAGGUCUGAAUCUCCAGCCCGAGGGCGUGGAUCCCGUCAAGGUGGUCGUUCCCGAUCGAGAUCGCCAGGAUCCCCCCUUCGCCUCCGGGAUAACGAGCCGCUCACUCCAGAAGAGCGCGAUGCUCGGACCGUGUUUUGCAUGCAGUUGAGUCAACGGGUGCGAGCGAGAGAUUUAGAGGAUUUUUUCUCCUCGGUAGGAAAGGUUCGAGACGUAAGGAUGAUAACGAGUAAUAAGACGAGGCGAUUUAAAGGGAUUGCUUAUGUGGAGUUUAAGGAUAUCAGUUCUGUCGCUUUGGCUUUAGGUCUGGGAGGGAAGAAGCUGCUGGACAUCCCAAUAAUCGUAAAACCUUCGCAGGCCGAGAAGAAACGCCUGGGUCAGGUGGCGGAAGCUGCACCCGCUCAAUCCCAUGAUCCCAUGAAGCUGUACGUCGGAUCGCUUCACUUUAACAUCACAGAGGAAAUGUUACGAGGGAUUUUCGAACCUUCCGGACGAAUCAAAGAAAUUUCUCUUAUGAAAGAUCACAAGACAGGAAGGUCAAAGGGGUUUGGAUUCAUUACAUUCCACAAAGCAGAAGAUGCAAAGAGAUCGUUGGAGCAUUUGGACGGUUAUCGGGUCGCGGGACGUCCAAUAAGGGUUACCUACUGGGAAAAUAAGGCCGAAACAGGCCACCACCGAUCCUCACUACCACGUCGCAAUCCUCGCCCCGCUCUACUCCCGACGCCUGCCCAACCUUCAGCUCGGCAACAACGGGCGACUCCAUGCACGGAGGAAGUGGUUCACCUCCAUGUUCCCCCUAACCCCGCACAAAUUCAAAUGGACCGAGAUAUGCUUAUCGCUCAUCAGUUGGAUUUAGUUUCCAAAUAUUUCAAUCGUUGACGACGAAAUAAAAUAAAAUCAAAAAUGCAAU